GCGCGUGUUGUUGUGUGUUUUGCCUUCUGCCAACAACCACCGCGCACACUCCUCCGCCCACACCCACACCACUGCAGCCACCACCCUCCUCCACCACACAACCAUCACCAUGCAGUACCACUCUGAGUAUGACUACCUGGUGCAGCCGCCCGUGUUGAUUGGGUCUGGCAUUAUCUAUGUCAUUGUGGCUGUGAGCCUGUACAAGUUUAUGCGCUCAAGGCCCGCCUUUGAGCUCAAGAUCCCAAUGAUGAUCUACAACAUCGCCCAGGUCGUCGUUUGCGCCGCCAUGACAGCAGGGUUGUUCAACGAACUGCGUGCGGGCGAGCCGAUCCAGAUUCCAAACACAUCCUUCAGCGUGCCCAACCUCUUCGGCCUCAACACCACCUUCACCAAGGCGGCGGAGUUCUGGGUCCUUGUCCACUACCUCUCCAAGUUCCUCGACUUCUUCGACACCAUCUUCAUUGCCCUGCGCAAGAAGGAUCGCCAGAUGUCCUUCCUCCACGUAUACCACCACGCCACCAUCGGCCCAAUCUGGGGACUGCUCCUCUACCUCGGCUACGGCGGGGCCACCGCGUGCUUUGGCGCGUGCAUCAACAGCUUCACCCACGUCCUCAUGUACACCCACUACUUUGUCAGCGCCCUCGGCAUCCGCCACCCCUUCAAGCCACUCAUCACCUCCUGGCAGAUUUUCCAGUUCUACUCGUGCAUUGCCCACGCCGUCCUGUGCAUCUCGCCGCUGGAGACCGUGUACCCGAAGUACCUCGCAUACGUCCAGUUUGCGUACCACCUCACCAUGAUUGUGCUCUUCACCAGCUUCUUCAAGAAGACAUACGGUGCGGACGACAAGAAGAAGAGCAAGCAGCAGGCUGCCACCAACGGCCACGCAAAGACGGCUGUCAAGGCACCCGCAACCAACGGAACGGACGCAGCGGCUGCUCACGAUGACGGCGAACACGCAACCAACGGCAACGGCAAGGCCGUGCGUAGGCGUCGCGUCGCCACCACCUAAUCCCUGUCCCCAUGUGUGUGUAUGUGUCUGUGCGUCUGUGUGUGUGUGUGUGUGUCUGCGUCUGUGUGUGUGUGUGUGUCUGCGUCUG